AUGAAUUUGUGGAAAUGGGACAUUAAAAAUGGAAAGGUUGAAAAUUGCAGUUGCCGCGAUGUGCCCUUCACGCUAUGGACCAUUGGAAAUUGGUUUGACGGAGAGAAAAUUAAUGAACGGUAAGGUUUUGGUUAAAAAAAAUUUUUUUUUUAUUUUUUUUAAUUUUUAUAGAGAAUGCAAACCGUCUUGGAAUGGAAGCUUCAAUAAUAUGGUCGAUUACGAGAAAGAUCACCCAUUUGCUGAUGAAAACGGGCUGGUUCGGGAUAUUGUUGUAAGUGCGAAAUUGAAAAAGAAAAUGGAAAAAAUUGAAGUCACAAUUUUUGAUGAAAUUUGGCAAAAAUUUAGAUCAUGAAUUUUUAGGACAGAUGCGAGAUUUUUAGGUAUUUUUUCAAUUUUUGCGUACAGUGAGGGACCGGAUCCAAUGGCAAAAAACGUCCCAUUUUGCAUCCCGGAAGGGACCAAAAUGUCUCCAAAUACCUCCCUUCUCUAAGCUAAAAAGCCACGUUUUGAAGGGCCCGCCUUGAAAGAAAUGGCGCGCUUUUCAAAGCGGAGUUUUUUGGCUUAGAGAAGGGAAGGGUUUGGAGACAUUCUGGUCCCUACCGGGAUGCAAAAUGAGACGUUUUUUGCUAUUGGAUCAGGUCCGUCACUGUAGGAAAAGUAUUUUUUCAAAAAAAGUGUUUUUAAUGGACUAACAAGGGAAGUACCCCAAGUGCUCAGAUUUUCUUUAAAUUUUGCACACACUUCGGGCAUAGGCGACAUAUCAAUUCUUGAAAGUUUUAGCUCGCGCUUUGCAAGCGCCGCCGAGAUAUUGAACGAUCUUUGCCGAUGAGAGAGUACGCCAAACACGGAGACCGGUCAGAGAAAAAAACACUUUUUGGCCAUAACUUUGCUUGUUUCGCGCGGAAAAAUUUGAUUUUUUGUGAAGACAUUACACUUUAUGGUAGAAACAGGUAUGAAACUUUAUGUGCCGAAAUUCGGCAAAAAGUGUCGAAUUUUCGCCAAAUUUUGAUCUAAAAAUCUCGGUUGUUUCUGCAAAGCGUGAGCUAGGAUUCUCACAUAUAUUUUAGAAAAAAUUAUUUUAAAUUUGCGCCAAGUUUCAUCAAAAUCUGAGCGUCGCACUUGAGGUACUUGCCCUGUAAAUUAAAAAAAGAAUUGAAAAACAAUUUUGCGAAAUUUAAAAAAACCCUUUAGCAAGCUCAUCUGAAUAAAAAACAUCAUUUACUUUUUUAUGAGAAAAAUUUAAAAAAAACUUCAACCAAAUCGGAAAGCAAUCUCGCGAAAAUGAGGAAAAUUAAAAAGCAAUUUUGUCAAAAUUAUUUUAGAAUUUUUUAUGCUAUGAAAAGGUUUUGUUAAUUCAAUUUUAGGCCCUUUUAGCCUAAAAAUAAUUCUAGAGACCUCUGAAAUUGUUUGCUAUAGAGAGGUUUUGUCAUACAAGAGCUUGGUAGUACAAAAUUUUAACUGUAUUCAGGGAGUAACGAUCAAAUUUUAUUAUAUGAAAUUUUGUUUUUCUAAAUUUUAAAAUUAUUUUUUUUGGAAAGCAAUUUUGCGAAAAAUAAAAAAUUGAAAGCAGAACUAAAACUUUGCUGUUUGAAAAGCAUUUUUUGGCAAAAAUUCGGCGGAUGUUUUUACCCUUACAAACCAAAAUUGGGCAGCUAAUUUUUACAUAUUCUGAAUCAGAAAACUUUUGCGAUUUUUUUGAUAUAUAUCACGACCUGUAACUCCAUACCCCAUAGAAGUACUAUCAUUAUAAAAAAAUUUUUUUUUAGGCACAGAUCCCAACUUGUAGUUUCGUCGGCGAUUGUAAACCUCAUUGCCGAGAAACUGAUCCGUAAGUAUAUGUAAAAAUAAGAGAUAAUACGCCCCUUUGUAAACCUUUAUCUUUAAAAAUUUCAGAUGGUAUGACCCUCUGAUCGUCCCGAUUCUUGGCUUCCCAUUACUUUCUCUCUUUAUCCUGACUAGUAUCGCUUAUUUCAUUAGCUGUGUCGUUAUACUUCGAGUUUGUGCCUCCUCUACACACAUAUUUCGGAAGAAGAAAAAGGCCACAGUAAAUUCGAAUGUUCAUGAAUAA